AUGGCGACCAUCGACCCAGCAGGAGACAACACGUCUCAGUAUCAUCAUUUCGUUCCUCAAUUUCUAUUGAGAAACUUUGCUCACAACUUCGAGCCAAAAGAUUGUACCGAGUCUGAAGCAUCAGGAGAAAGCAGAGAGAAGAAGAAGAAGAAACAGAAGAAUCGCCAUGGUCUCGACAGUGGAAAAUUGAAAAGAUACCCUGGCGACAAGGUUGUCAAUAACGUUAACCUACUUCAAACACCUUAUGUCAUUGACGAGAGUCCGGUCAAGCGAAUUCUCGGAUUGACAGACAUGUACAGGGACAAGAAUGGCGCCACUAAAAGGAGCAACAUGAGGUGGAAGAAAUGUUCAGCAAGAUGGAGAGCCAAGCUCAGAGAGUCUUCCGAAAAAUCACUAAGGCCUUGGAAGACGGCGAUGAAAUCGUAUGUCUCCCAAGAUAAGAAAGAGAUCUCAUCCGCAAAUUUCUCUUUAUUCUGA